AGCGGUUGUGUGCGAAGCUGCUAGACUUUAUCUGCGAAGAUGCAUGCUCACUAAAUUUCGUUAUUUAAACCAUGUUUGCAGCCUUUUUAGUAAGGAAGAUCAUAACUCAAGCUGCUUCAGUUCAGAACUUGAGCUAUUACAAGCUUACAAUGGCACCCAGAAGAAGGACUGAUCAUGUGGCGUCGAAACCAGAAAUGACGAAGAAGCAUUUGAAAGUGAGGGAAAAAGCCAAACGACUGAAAGCCGAGAUGGUUGGAAAGGUAAGGGACGACCAACUAGGUUUCAAAGAGGAGCAGAUAAAAUCAAUAACAAAGUUCGGAGAGAUUGAGAGGCAAUGUCAUGAGCUGAAACAAGAAGUUCAAAUGAUCGCCAAACAAUCAACCAUGACUGGAAUCAAGCUGGUUGUCAUGUUGGGAAUCUUAAAAGCUCAUGAGGGUGGAGAUUUGGUUCAAGCUGCUAAUCUCACUCGCUUCCUUCGUGAAGUUGUUGCCAUGGAAAAAGCAAAUGAAAUCUUGGCUCAAGUCAAAGAUGAAGAAGAUUCAUAGACAUCAAAUGCAAUGAAUAACAAUUCUUGGAGUCUAAUGCUACCUGCGCAGUGUUUUGGUGGUCAGGGGAGGAGUUUGAAGAGUGCUUUGUUUUCUUACUGUAUUUUAUUUUCACCUUGACUGUGUGUGCCCUUCCUUCCGACAAGUAAUGUGUUGGUUGUGUUAAAGAAUGGCCAAAGACUAAUCAUGAAAUAUUGUAAUAACAUAUUUAUUUUACAUUGUUUAUUAAUAUAAUGCAUUGCGAUUAUUA